GUGCCUGGGAGAACAGCAGGCAGCUGUGCAUGGAAAAGGUUCCUCUCAGCCAGCUGAGAACAGCAGUGUUGCUAUGACUCCCACCUAUGUGGACAGCCCACGAAAGGACGGGGCCUUCUUUAUGGAGUUUGUCCGCAGCCCACGCACAGCAUCAUCUGCCUUCUACCCUCAGGCAUCUGUGGACCAAACAGCUGCUCUGGCAUUGGAUGGCACCAGUUUGGGGGUCAGCACAUGCCAGUCCAUGGAUAGAGGGAGCAGCCAGGCCUUUGGGAACUCCCAGAACACAGGAGAACAGGCCUUUCCCUCUGCAAACUCUGGUGAAAGCAGCUCUCAGCAGCACAUAGCCAGCUCUCUAACAUCAUCCUCUACCCUGGUGGAGAUCCUAGAAGCCAUGAAGCAUCCCUCGACAGGAGUCCAGCUGCUGUCUGAACAGAAGGGCCUUUCACCAUGCUGCUUCAUUAGUGCUGAGGUGGUACACUGGCUGAUGAACAACGUGGAGGGGGUCCAGACGCAGGCGAUGGCCAUCGACAUCAUGCAGAAAAUGUUGGAAGAGCAGCUCAUAACACAUGCAUCUGGCGAAGCCUGGCGGACCUUCAUCUAUGGCUUCUAUUUCUACAAGAUAGUAAUGGACAAAGAACCUGAUCGAGGUCAGAGCCAAAGCACAGGGGCAAGUACUUUUGCUGCUCUUUCCCGUCAUGGUGCUUCCUGAGCUCCAUGUGUGGCUUUGUAUUUUAAGUUGACACUGUAACUCCUCUCAACAUUUGUACAUACGUUAAGCAUAACUGAAUGUCAAUGUUGGUUUUUAAAAAAGAUUUAUUUGGCUAUU